UGCUUCGGAACCAAAAUGGCGUCGAGUUGAAGAGGUGUGGGUGGGACUCGUUUUUCAAGGAAAACGAGACUCAAGGAAAUACAUAACAUUGUCACGCCUGCGUUAUAUUUACAUUCUGAUGGAAACCGUUGGUCGCGUUCAAGCUGCUUAUUACGGCGAGAAAUUGGAUAUUAAAUACACCGUUGUCGUGAUAACCGGUUGACAUCACCUCAUGAAGCAAGGAUGUCCCAGUGGGAGAGGCUGAUGAAGCUCCCUACUGCGUUCACUCAGCAGUUACACGACCUCUACGACAGGGAGGGACUCCCCAUGGAUGUUCGCCAUUACCUGUCUGCAUGGAUAGAAUCACAGCAGUGGCAGCGAGCAGCAAACGACUACGACUUGGCCAUGGUGUUAUUCCAGGUCCUGCUUGAGAAUCUAGAUAUCCAGUACAGUCGCUUUGUACAAGAGGAGUUCUUCUUAAUGCAGCACAACAUUCGACGCUAUAAACAGAACUUUCAGCGAUACCUGGAGAACCCUUGUGCCUUGGCAAACACAGUCUAUUGGUUCCUGGAAAAAGAGAAAGAGAUAUUGAAGACUGCUGAUCUGGCUGAGCAGGUGCGGGCUUUACAAGUAGAACAAGGAGGCUUUGAGACCAGCACCCAGUGUGACCUUGACCGUAGAAUGGCCAGCCUUAAAAAUGAAGUGCAGUGUAUGGAACAUACUAUGAUGUGUCUGGAGGAGCAGCAAGAUGAGUUUGAUUUUAAGUACCAAACAUACUUGCUAGAAGCCCCACUAACAGACAACCCUGCAAACCCACAACAAGCAAAACUUCAGUCACUUAUCAACAAACUCAACGAUCGCAGAAAGGACACACUGUCUGGCCUUAAUAAGCUCCUGGACAGAGCUGAGGACCUGAUAGAUGCUUUGGUGAACAAAGAGAUAGUACAAUGGCAGAGGAGACAGCAAAAAUGUUGCAUCGGAGCUCCAGACAGAGUUUGUCUAGAUCAGCUUGAGAAAUGGUUCACGUGUGUUGCAGAAAGUCUCUUCCAGGUGCGUGAGUUCCUCAGUAAGCUGGAGGAGCUGGCUGGAAAGGUGACCUAUGAAAAUGACCCCGUGAAGGCCCAGAAACCCUUUCUGCAAAGAAAGACCGAAAAACUCCUUUCAGAUUUGCUCAAAAGUUCCUUUGUGGUUGAGACUCAGCCAUCCAUGCCUCAGGGGAAAGGUCCUCUUGUUCUCCGCACAGGUGUGCAGUUCUUUGUGAAAACCAGACUUCUCGUCAAGUUUCCUGAGCUGAAUCAAUCCAUGAAAGUCAACGUAUCAAUGGACCGGGAGACCCCUCAGAUAAAAGGAUAUCGUCAUUUCAAUGUCCUAGGAACCACAAGCAAAGCCUUGAACAUGUCAGAGAGUCAGAGUGGUGGCAUGGUGGCAGACUUAAGGCAUCUCAAUUUGAAGGAGCAGAAGUCAGGAGGGGGUGGUGGUAAAGGAGCCAAUGAUAUUUGUCUGAGCGUGACAGAGGAGCUACACAUCAUCUACUUCAACACUGUUUUUUCACUGAAAGGAAUGUCAGUUGAAUUGCAGGCCACUUCUCUACCGGUGGUUAUCAUCUCCAACUCCAGUCAGCAGCAGAGUGCCUGGGCAUCUGUGCUCUGGUUUAACAUGCUCAGCCAGGACACUAAAGAUGUGAUGUUCUUUGCAAACUCUCCAGUAGCCACUUGGCCACAGUUUGGAGAGAUGCUCAGUUGUCAGUUUCUGUCUGCCACCAAACGUGGUCUAAAUGACGCACAGCUGGAAAUGAUCGCACACAGACUUUUUGGAAAGCAACAGAACUACGACUUCUGUAGUGUAGCAUGGUCCACAUUUUCAAAGGAAAACAGCCCUGACACAUUCUGGGUGUGGUUUGACAGUAUUGUGGUGAUGGUGAAAACGUAUCUUGAAAACAUGUGGAGAGAUGGCCUCAUCAUGGGCUUUGUGAGCAAAUACAAAGAGAAGAUCCUCCUGAAGAAAAAACAAAGAGGAACCUUCUUAAUACGAUUCAGUGAAAGUGUUAUUGGAGGGAUCACCUUCUCCUGGGUGGAAAAUACUGCAACUGGUGAUCCCGAAGUAAAGACAAUCCAGCCAUUCACCAAAAAUGACCUCUCUCAGAUUCCCUUCCAUGAAAUUAUCAGGCAUUUCCUCAUCUUAAAAGAUGUCCCACAAAAUCCCUUACUUUAUUUAUAUCCCAACACUCCCAAAGACGAGGCUUUUGGAAAAUAUUACGCUGAUAAUAGUGGAAAUGACUCUCCUUACUUAAAGUACAUCCGAACCAGGCUAGUGUUUGUUUUAAAGGGGGACACACAGGAGGCUGUACCACACAUGACCACAGAUGUGGAAGAGGGAGAAGUCCUGCAGCCAAUGAAUGACCCAUGUGGUGAGGCUGCUGGGCAAAUCGGAGAUUCCCUGGAGCCUCAUCUGGUUAAUUAUCGUGUUGACCCCAUGCUGUGUGACCCUGUUGCAAUCUCGGGAGAGGAUCUGAUGUAUCCCCCUAACUCUAACCACUUUUUUGACUCUGAAAUCUUCAUAGAUGAACCCUUGGUUCCUUGAGUCAUCCUGCCAAAGUGUUCAAUCAUCAGUUCAUGUCAGGUUUUCUGGUCCUCUGCAACUCCCCCGUUACUCACUGUUUAUUAUUACUGGAACAAACUCAAACAAUUGUUUCCCACUGUUGUUUGGAGCUUGUGUUUUUAAAAAGCAGACAUUCAAGAAAUAAAUGGUAGGUUUGAAAAUGGUGGAAA